CAGGCACACCCAUUUGAGUAUUUUCACACAUCUUCAUCGUUCCUCUAACUAUCGAGUUAUUUGCGUAGCUCGCGAGUGUUCUUUUUUAUUGUGUGGUUUAAUAAUGGAUUUUACCCAAUACUUCGAACUAUUAGGUUUAUCAACUUUAUUCGUCGCUCUUAUUUUAACGUCAUUCAUUUACAUUUUAAAAUGGAAUAAAACUAAAUCUAAACGCGAGAGGAGUGCCUCAUAUUGUUCGAUGGACCAGAUACUAUCCCAUAUUUUGGAAAUGCCCUCACCUUCAUGAUGCAUCCGGAUGAUAUAUCGUCCAAGUUGAUAUACUAUACUGAAAAAUAUGGAUCGAGGUAUCGCCUUUGGAUAGGCCAGAAACUUUCCAUAGUUUUAGCAGAUGCUUCGGAUAUCGAGAUCGCUCUCAUGGGAAAUAAAUUCCUAAAUAAAGGAAACGAUUUUCACGAACUGUUCGGCAGAGCUUUCAAAAAUAGUACAAUGAGCGGCGAAGGAAACGACUGGAAGAAAAGCAGGAAGAUCCUUCAACAUUCUCUAAAAACAAACGUGUUGAAUGAUUAUAUCGGAGUCAUGAACGAAGAAACUGAAAAAUUGAUAAAGGAACUCUCGGCCAAAGCAAAAACGAUGGAAAUUUUCGAAAUCAGCGAUUACCUUGCUCGAGCACCUUUUAAUAUAAUUUGCAAAACUUUGUGCGAUUUAGAAGGCGAUCUCAUAUCCAAAGAACAAUUUUCAGCGUUCAAAACUGCAAUAGAAGAGUUUCUCGGAGAAUCCUUCCAUUUAAUGUUUUAUCCAAAAUUAAUCAGAAAAAUUAAAGAGCGAUUUAAUGGGGAAAAAAAUAAAACUCUAAUCAGGGAUAUGGAAAUAGUGUAUAAAAAAGUAAUGCUUGAAGGAAAACUAAACACAUGUGGAAAUGAUGAAAAUCAUGGUGAUGACGGAAGCAGCGCUCGAUUUAUUAGAUACCUUCUCAACGAUGAUUUCUCUGAUGAAGAUAAAAAAGCUGAAAUUGUUACCUAUUCUAUUGGUGGAUCAGAAACUUUGAACCUCACCCUAUGUUUCGUUUUACUCACGUUGGGAAUGCAUAACAAUAUACAGGAUAAAGUAUAUAAAGAACAAGAACGUAUUUUUGGAGAUAGUGACAGAGAAGUUACAGCAGACGACGUUAAACAGAUGGAUUAUUUGGAACAAGUGUUAAAAGAGGUGAUGCGUUUGUUUCCGUUGGUUCCUUUUUUCUUUCGCACUGCUCAAGAAGAUGUUGCUUUAGGCGAUAUUACUCUGCCAGCUAAUACCGAAUUGAUUUUCAAUGUCACUGCAGUCCAUAAUAAUCCAAAAUAUUUCCCGAAUCCUGAGACCUUUGAUCCCGAACAUUUUUCGAAAGAAAGAUGUGAAAAUUUGCCCAAAGGAUGUUACUUACCGUUCACCAUUGGACCAAGAAACUGUAUAGGUAAAGCUUUCGCAAUGUACGAGAUGAAAAUCGUUUGCAGUAUAAUAUUGAGAAAAUUUCGUAUUCACUCAUCGAUGAAACAGGAAGAUAUCAAAUUACAAUAUUCUUUUGUAUUGACCAGUGCGAACGGUUUCAAAGUAUCGAUCAGUGAAAGGAAGAAAUAAAAUCAUCAUAUUUUAUGCUCAAUAAGCUCUAUAAGCAUUCUUUUGUUUUUGAAAUUAGAUUAGUCAACCAGUU